ACAACAUUUCAUAUUAAUUUUGUAAUCAUUAUCAGCAAAUAAAUUUUUCUUUCUGUAUGUUUCGUCAGAUGUUUUGGCUCGUUUCUGAUGAGAUAUUUCGUAUCUUAUUUAUUUCGUAAAUUCUAUGAACACGUCUAUUAUAAUUUUUAGUUUCUGGUUGACGAAUGAGCUCUCGUGAUUGUAUACGAGGGAGAAUAUUUUAAAUUAAUCUUUUUAAGUAAAUUGACGUUGUUUAAUAUUGUGAAAUAUUUUUAUUAUUAUUGCAUCAGUAUUCAAAAAGAGUAUAAAUUGUUAUACUUUUAAAAAACUUCGUGGGUAAUAAUUUAUUGCUAAUAAAAUAAGCAAAGGUAAUGGGAGAAAGAGAAUCUAAUGAUUGGCGACCUUUUGUUUAUGGAGGCCUUGCUUCUAUUGUUGCAGAGUUAGGUACUUUUCCUUUGGAUACAACCAAGACACGUUUGCAAGUGCAAGGUCAAAAAUUAGAUAGAAAGCAUGCGCAUUUAAAAUAUUCUGGUAUGACUAAUGCUUUACUCCAAAUAUCCAAAGAAGAAGGAUUCAGAGCAUUAUAUUCUGGGAUUAGUUCGGCUAUUCUUAGGCAGGCUACUUAUGGAACUAUAAAAUUUGGAACUUAUUAUUCUCUUCAAGAAAUAGCUAUAAAAAAAUGGGGAAGAGAUGAUGCAGUACUUAUUAAUAUUAUAUGUGCAACAUUAGCUGGUGCAAUAUCAAGUGCGAUAGCUAAUCCUACAGACGUGAUAAAAGUUCGUAUGCAAGUUACGGGUAUCGAUGCAAAUCUGUCCUUAGUGAGUUGUUUUCAAGAUCUGUAUCAACAUGAAGGUGUUCGUGGUUUAUGGAGGGGUGUAGGACCUACUGCUCAAAGAGCUGCUAUCAUUGCAGCAGUAGAAUUACCUAUUUAUGAUUUUAGUAAGGUGAAAUUUAUGGAUUUUCUUGGAGACAGCAUUAGUAACCAUUUUUUAUCUAGUUUUAUUGCCAGUAUGGGAAGUGCGAUUGCUUCUACUCCCAUAGAUGUUGUACGUACACGAUUGAUGAAUCAAAGAAGGGUCUCAACUUCUUGUGGCAAGUUACCACCUCAUAUUUAUAGUGGAAGUAUGGACUGUUUUAUUCAAACCAUAAAAAAUGAAGGAUUUUUUGCAUUAUAUAAAGGGUUUAUACCGACAUGGUUUAGGAUGGGUCCAUGGAAUAUUAUAUUCUUUAUUACUUAUGAACAAUUAAAACAACUUUAAUUAUUACUAGCUUAUUUCACAAAACGUCUAAGUAUUGAUCCUAUUAAAAAUUAGGUUUGAAAAUCUAACAGUAUAUAAAAACUGAAAUAUUAUAUUCUUUUUUUUUUAUCAUUUAAUUUUAAGACUUUUUUUAUCAAUGUAUGUUUGUGUCCUUUAUAGUUAAUAGCGAUUAAUGUACAGAUAUUCCUUAAAUGAUGACAUUGUAAAAAGUGUAUAACAUACUUUUUUAAUUAAUGAAAAUCAAUCUAAGAGUUUAAAAACAAUGUUCAUAUAGCUGCGCUCGAUCUAUAAUUUGCAUUUCAUUUGCAUUUCACGAUAUAGUAAUAAAAAAUACAGGAUAUUUCUAAUAUACUUUAGAAAGGAUAUAUUUUUUUCAAUAAAAGUAUUUAAAAGAAAUGUUUUUGAAGUAUACUUAAAUGACUUAUAUAAAAGUUCUGUAAAAAGAUGAAAUAAUCUAAUUAAAUUCAUAUCUAGUCAACUAAAAAAAUGUUUAAAUCCAAAAUUAUAAAGUAUUAUGAAAAUUCAUAUAAUUAAUAAUGGGAAUACUAUGUAAAAAUACACAUAGAACAUAGCUUAAAUUUAAUAUUUAUAUUUUCUGAGGGAUCUAUGGUAUAUUAUAUAUUGUCCAGAUAAUUAAUCUUAUUUUAUGUAUAAUAUAAAAUCAUCAUUUUAAAAUACUAACAAAAGAUCUGCAUACAUGUAACUGUUAUAAAAUAUAAAUGUUCGCAAAUAUAAUCGACAUAAAAUUAAA